CUGAAAAGGGUCAGCAAUCUUCGCUCUUCCCAACCCUACCGAUCUUCCAACUUCCUCCACGGACAUCACAACUCACAAAACUCACAGGACCAGCACCAGCACCACGCAGCACAGCGACAGACGACACGAACAGCCUUCUUCUUCUUCUAUUGGGACACCCAGGACAAGACGAAGAAGAAUUUUCCCGACUCUACAGAGCAGGUCAACAUCCUCAUCCAGACGUUCUUCCAGCAGAAUGAGUACGAUGAUCUCAUGUCGUGGGAUGUCUUGUUGCGCGAUCUCAUGGUCUUCGUACAAGACAAUCUAGCGUCCGACGUCAUGCCCGAGAGCGACGAUUACGAGUGGCUCAAGUGCGCGGCAUCCAAGAUCGCUGAGCCUCAUGUCAGCUGGUCCCAGCUUCACCAGAACCUCGAGGACCACUGGCUCACGUCGGCGGCCAUCCCCAACCUCAUCGCUCACAUCCAGACCGUGGCCUACCACCCCGUCGAGACGCGUUCCUCCUGGACCCUGAACACCGCUUGGUCCAGCAACCCGUUCCUGGUCGAGUUCCAGCAUUCGCAAAACGUCGGCCCCUGGGAGAUCAACCUUCCUCUCCAACUCGACAAAGCCGAGCUGCCAGGACAGAGAGAUCUCGAGAUCGUCCUUCAGAAGAUCAAAGACGAAACUUUCCCGAGCCUCCAGAUGUACUUCAGCAUCAGCAUCAACACCAGCCUGAACAAAGUGGUCCUGACGUGGGGCUCUGCGUCUCAGCAUGUCAACAUCCAGACCGUCAACUUGGCCAAGCGGUUGUACACCGGCAUGCUCCUCUGGGUGGACGACAUGAAGCAGACGAAGCAAGUCGCGUCUCCCCACGCCAUCCUUUGGCACCAGUUCGGACAGUGGGAGCAGUGUGGUACAUUGAAGACCAACAAGGAGCUUUGGGAGGCCAUGAAGCGUCUUGAGCAGAUGAGCCCUCCCGAGUCUCCCUGGCGUCCCAUCAAGCCCGCAUUCAGGAAGACCACCGAAUUGAACGAAUCUCCUACGAAGGCGCCUCGGAGAAAGUUUUAG